AUGUACCCGAGCGGGACCGGAAAUCCAGACACUUUUGAUAUCGACGGCUUAGACGCCAUUGGUGCAAAGGCCGACGUGACUCUUGACUUUUUCCUCGAUCCUGACAAGAAUCAGUCCACCAACGUUACGAAUCCAGCUUUUGAAGUCAUGAUCUGGUUUGCCGCCCUAGACGAGACGGAGCCCAUAGGCACCCUUUUCGCUGGGCAAAACACCCAAGUGGAUGGGAUGGACAAUCAACCCGGCCAGGAGGUUUUCAGCUUUGUUGCUCCGAAGAACAUGACGUCCUUUUCGCAGCUGAAUGUUCUGCCGCUCUUCCAGUACCUCAUGGACGGGGGCAAAAUGGCUAACUCAACCUAUCUUGGCACUGCGCAAUUUGGCACGGAGGCUUUCCAUACGGAUGGAAAGAAUGUAACCAAAAAGCACUGCGACGCCAACCAAAAGCAGUACAGCACCGACAAAAAGCAGUACGGCAUCAACAAAAAGCAGUACGGGACCGGCAAAAAGCAGUACGGCACCAGCAAAAGGCAAUACGGUACCAGCGAAAAGCAAUGCGGUGUCACUCAAAGGGGUGGAGGGUAUCGUAUGUUGCUGGAGUUUGUUUGA